CACAGACGCCACCUCUCCGAGCAUCGCACCGAGGUCACUGUGGAGAUGGACGUGUCCCUCCAGGCUCAGAGCAGACCUCUGUCCACCCUGUCCGCCUUCAGCUACGUCCCGCCUCGACGCACACAACCGAAGGACAUGUCGUACUUUCACCAGGAGUCGAAGGUCCCUGAAAUCUCCAUGUAUGACCGAGUGUACCACCAGGCUGAGGGUUAUGAUAUGAAACUGCACCGAGACGACAGGAAACACUCCAAAGGAAGAGGACUGGACAUAAACAAGGAGGAGAAGUCCAGAGCCGUGCCGGUGCUCUCCUCUUCAGAAUACGGCCGUGGUUCCAUUCCCGCCCUCGAUGAGACGGACCGUCAGUACGCACGUGUGGCCUGCAUUAGAGCUGAGUUCUUCAUGAAAAAUGGGAUUAUCUGGAAUGUGGCGGAGGGAUACGGUUCAGUGGCCCCCAUCUAAAAACCUGAAUUAUAUCAAUGUAUUCAAAGUGUAGAUUUCACUUGAUGUGAUCAGUCCGUAUUUGAAAUAAAAGUCUGAGACCAUG